AUGCCGCACGCCGCCUCUGAGCCGCCACCAACGUUGGCACCUAUGGCCGACCCCCUUUCCGGCCACCACGAUACAACCUCACCACUCCACCACCACGUUUCUACUAUGGCUGAUCGUGAGCUCUCUAUACGAAACGCCAUUGCUGCUUACAAUGCUGACCCUGCUAUGUCAAUAAGACGCGCCGCUCAGCUUCACAACGUGCCCCGCAGUACGCUAACCGGCCGACUGAAAGGUGCAAAUCCUCACGCGCUUGCUCAUCAACUGCAGCAGCGAUUGACUCCAGAGCAAGAGGCAUGGGUAGUCGAUUAG